UGGUCUGAAGGUUGGCUUCUGAAGGCAAAGCUGCUGUUGUGUGAAGUGGAGGUUCGCCCCAGAUAAGGCAUACUCUGUGCUGUUGCUAGCCGGGCGGCCUCCGACAUGGACUAUCGGCGGCUCCUGAUGAGCCGUGUGGUUCCUGGACAGUUUGACGACGCGGAGUCCUCCGAAAGUGAAAAUACAGAUUUGAAGACAAUCAGAGCAGAAGAUGGCAUUCUAUUUGAAGAGCUCCAAAGUAUGACUGAGAAGGGGGAAGAUAAGACAGAAGAUGAGGAAGAAGAAGAGGUCUAUGAUGAUGAUGGUGAUUGGUACUGGGAUGAUGGAGUUGGAAGACUCACCAAGGGCUCUUCCUGGAGUGGAGGGAGUAACUCACAGGCAAAUCGACAAACUUCCAACUGCAGUGCGGCCAAAAUGUCUACUCCAGCUGACAAGGUUUUACGGAAAUUUGAGAACAAAAUUAAUCUAGAUAAACUAAAUGUUACUGAUUCUGUCAUAAACAAAGUCACUGAGAAAUCUAGACAAAAGGAAGCAGAUAUGUAUCGUAUCAAAGAUAAGGCAGACAGAGCAACCGUAGAACAGGUUUUGGAUCCCAGGACAAGAAUGAUUUUAUUCAAGCUGUUGACAAGAGGGAUCAUAUCAGAGAUCAAUGGCUGCAUUAGUACAGGCAAAGAAGCCAAUGUGUACCAUGCCAGCACACCAGAUGGAAAGAGCCGAGCAAUCAAAAUUUACAAAACUUCCAUCUUGGUGUUCAAAGAUCGGGAUAAGUAUGUCAGCGGGGAAUUCAGGUUUCGUCAUGGCUACUGUAAAGGAAACCCUAGAAAAAUGGUGAAAACUUGGGCAGAAAAAGAAAUGAGGAACUUGAUCAGGUUAAACACAGCAGAGAUUCCAUGUCCCGAGCCAAUAAUGCUAAGAAGUCAUGUUCUUGUCAUGGGUUUCAUUGGUAAAGAUGACAUGUACCAUGGGGGUAAUGUGCAUAUCAUUGACGUCUCUCAGUCCGUGGAGCACGACCACCCCCACGCCCUGGAGUUCCUGCGGAAAGACUGCACCAAUGUCAACGAUUUCUUUAUGAAGCACGCUGUUGCGGUGAUGACCGUGCGGGAACUCUUCGAGUUCAUCACAGAUCCGUCCAUCACGCACGAGAACAUAGACGCUUACUUCUCUAAGAAAAAGAUGGUUAAGGAAGCCCAGAGAGAGAAAAGAAAAAACAAAAUCCCUAAACAUGUGAAGAAAAGAAAGGAGAAAACUGCCAAGACCAAGAAAGGCAAAUAGUGGAGCUGCGCCAUCCCAGCCACAGUGCCACUGUCCGCUUCUCCGGCCAAGUGCACCCGCUGCGCCCGUGCUGAGCUCCCGUGCACCUAUGGGCAGUACCCAGCACGGGGACCAGUCUGGCACCAACUCUGUUGUGGAUGGAGGAUUUAUGGAGCAAAGAACUUCUUAUAGACAUUUGUUUACUUUUUUAAAGGAGGAAAAGUUUAUUUAGCUCACAUUUUCUAGAGGUUUCAGUCUGUACUCAACUGAGUCUGAGUCAGGGUGGCACACGGUAAAGGGGUGUCCCUGAGGAAAAAUAGUUCAUGGUCCCAGAAGACAGAAAAGGCAGCGAGCAAGGGCUAGAUGCGUACCUUUGUAUACAGUUUCUCCUGUCAAGUAGGUUUUGGAGGCCUCCCACUACUUAACUGUGGUGCACAUGGCUGACCUUUACCUGAGCGUAAGGGCACUUCACGCAUUCCGGAAAGUGGUGCUUUCUUUCCUUGACUGGAGUCGUUGAUCACACAGCGGGGUUCAUGGGAAAGGCAGCUUGGCUCCUGCGGGAUGGAUGUGCUGGCUGGUCACAGCCCUCCUCAGCACCGGCCCUCAGUUACACACGCUUCAUGCGGCAGCUGUUUCCUAUGCAGCUGUGCAGCGUGUUUGUUCAUCAGAUGUUUGAGUAUUUGAGGUGCUCGGUAGAGCAGUGAACAAAACAGACAAAGGCCUCUGGUGGUUUGCAUUCAACAGGAAGAGAGUGUGGUAAGGACGAGAGAAACGGGUCUGAGUUCUGCACUGAGAAGAGGCUGCCUGGCGCGAAGGUCUGGAGCUUGAGCAUUCUCCUCGUGUGAGCUGUACAGAGCAGCCUUACUUGCCGUGUUCACGUGUGCAAACCAUACGGAAGGAAUUUCUACUCCCCUAUUCCUUUCCUGUUCUCUAAGUUUCCCCUCUACUUCCAUGUUGUCUUUUUCUUUAAGAUUUCAUAUGUCAGAGAAAAUGUGAGGCUCUUAGCUGAGUCCGGCUUCUUCCGCUGGACAUGAUCUCCAGUUCCAUCCAUUAAAACCGGGUUCUGAGAGAGACCACAGCACAAGGCGGUCGAGUACUUGAGAAGCUGAGCUUCUUGAAAGGGGAGAGCAUGCUGGGCAGGGUGGGCAGCAGGCGGGCACGGGCAGCGCGUGUGCUGAGCCCUCCAGGUCCAGCGCUGCAGCAUCCAGAAGACGGAGCUGUGGUCACACGGCGGUCGGGACCCUGUGGGUUUGCAGCUGAGGAACGGUACAGCCCUCGGCUCCUGUUUUCAAAGGACCUUUGGCCUUGGAAAAUUGGGCAGGAAGCACUUGGGAGAGGAUCCAGUGGAAGUGAGGUGCUGGUGGCUCAGUCCAGGAUGGAGCAGUAAACAGCGCUGGGGAGGAGGUGAGGACGGGCGGGAGAGCGAGUGAGCAGGGACAGCUCCAGGGUUUCAGGCCUCGGAACUGGGGUGGGGAAGUGUGGUGGGUUGGCCUUGGGUCGGGGAGAGGCAUUCUCACAGGGCUGCAAAGCACAAAUGUUAAAUGACUAGGUUUCUUACAGUUUCCAUUUCUCACUAUGUGUUUCAUGUUAGAAAUGGCUAUUUUAACCAUGGUAUUCAGAACCUGUUAUAAAAACCCCCAGAUUCCCCUGAACCUGUGACUUGUACUUGAACUCAGUUGUUUUGAAAAUGAAAGUCCAGUUUUAUUGUUCCCAAUAUCCUCCCUCCCUGAGCUUACUGAUCAGAAUGUGAAAUGUAAUUUCAGUGAAACAGCAAUGGUCUACAAUAUAGGGCGAAGGAAAAGGCAGACCACAGCCGUCUGCGUGUGUGGCGCUGUAGCUCUCAUGUCUCUGCUGGUCUUGCUCUGGGACAAGGUGUGCCUGCAGGUGGUGGCCUGCUCCUCGGAGCUGUCCUGUGCUGAAUCAAAUGCAUUUUCCCAAUUCUGUUGGGCUAAAAGUGUGUUGGCAGAUGGGGACGGUUGGCGCUCUUGACAUUGCUGCUGGGAGGGAGGCUACUGAUGUGUACCGGGCCGUCAGGUGUCCGGAUUGGGAACCUGGAAGCCUUCUGGUCUCUUGUUAAUGUGGCUGUUUGCAGUUACAUCCUGGGUGGGAGACUGUGGCAGAGAAAUACUAAGUGCUGUAGUACUGAGACUUG